ACUCGAGCUGGUUAUAACAGGCGGUCUCCGCACAUGAUUCGGUGUUUAAGGUGGUCGGAAAACACCAAGGUGAAGAUAUCUCCGGCGAUCGGAAAAUCCGAAGCGAGGGGAAGAAGAAGAAGAAGAUGAAGCCGUUGGGGUGGUGGCUGAUGCUGCUGGGCUCCCUCCGGUUGGCCUCCGUCUGGUUCGGCUUCUUCGACAUCUGGGCUCUCCGCCUCGCCGUCUUCUCCAACACCACAAUGACUGAAGUUCAUGGAAGGACAUUUGGAGUUUGGACCCUCUUGACAUGCACUCUCUGCUUUCUUUGUGCAUUCAACCUUGACAACAAACCCUUAUACUUGGCUACCUUCUUGUCAUUUAUCUAUGCAUUUGGUCACUUCUUGACUGAAUACCUUAUAUAUCAAACAAUGGCUAUCGGAAACCUGACAACGGUUGGCAUCUUUGCAGGAACAUCCAUAGUAUGGAUGCUGUUGCAGUGGAAUUCUCAUCAAAGGGUUCCUAUUAAGCAGUCUUAAAUGUUGGAAGCCAUCAAUGCUGGUUGCUCUUGGAGCUGACGAGAAGGGUAUUCUCAACUCUUCAACCUUUUGUGGAUCAGGCGCCGAUUCUUGACCUGCCGAUAUGCUGCUUUCAUUUGGAGUCAAGCUUGAGGAGUAUUCUGGGAUGCAAUGGGUGUUAGGAUGUGUUGCUAUGGACUUCCACAUUCCCAAAUGUCGAUUUUUUCAUGAUGAGCAAUCUUCAAUAUGUUCUGGAAUUUAAAGUCUCUCUCGUGGUUGACCCUAUCCCUGGAUAUUUUUUUUUCGCCAGAAUAUUUGGCAAAUGUACUAUGUGAUUUAUAA